UUCCAUUUGCAAUUUCGCGCACAUGUGGUCACGUGACGUUUGAUAUAGACAUGCAGGAGUUGUAGUUCUUGUGACAUUGGCUUCAUAUUAGGAAAAACAUUUACAAGAGAGCAUGGUGGGAAAUCAAGAGGAGAUAACCCCGGGAGGAAUGUUUCACUGAGAUUACGUACCUGCCUUCCAGAGAGUCGGGUAAUCAGCCUAAAAUGCCGUCUCGGAGGCGCACCCGGUCUGCCCGCCAGAAGAGCGGUUCCAAGCGGUACUCCAUUGAAGCAGAUUCUGCCUAUUCCCCUGGACUGUCAUCUUCGGAGAUGAAGGGUCGGCCGACAUCCUACGGUCUGCGUCGCCAGUACAGCGACACCGUGGAGCUGAUGAUGGAGUGUCAGGAGGAGGAGCUGCUCCCGGCCCAGAUCGAGGCCUUCAAACGCGAGGUGGAGGAGUACAAGGAGGCCAGGAGGAAGAUCAAGGUUGCGAAGGACGAGCAGAUGCGGCUGGAGCAGCAACAGCUACGACAACAGAAGCUGCAGCAGCAACAGAUUGCAGCAGCACCACAGCAGAAUGCUGUGUCGCCUAGUAGUGCAACCUCACAAGCCGAUGUAGUUAUAGUUGGAGAGAGUCCCCCCAAGCAGAUGGCUGCUGCCCAGCCAGCGGUCUCCACAGCGGCACGCCUCCUCAACCCUACCCCCCAACAGGUGUACAAGUUUGUCAACGUCCCAGGGCAGACACCCACCGGCACUGGCAACCAGUGGGUUAUCCGCCCUUUGAUGCAGGUCAUGCCGCAACAGAACGUGGGCAACAACCAGCUGCAGCCCCGCAACCAGGCUGUCAGCAUACAGAAGAGUCCAUUCAUGCCAAAGAGAGCAGAUUCCUCCAGAACUACCCCCAAGGCCAGUUCCCGCCCCCGGGUCUCCAGGUGUCAAACAUGUCAGGCAAGCGGCCCCUUGCAGUACCCCCAGUACGUGAACCCCCCCAAGAAGAAGCCCCGCCGGUUGGAGGCUGACGAUAUCGGAACUCUUGUGCCCUUAGACGAGUAUUACUAUGGCAAGAAGGAGGGCGACCCCACAUACCAGGAGGAGAAAGGGGAACACAGGUUUAAGUGCUGGUACUGCUCCAAGAUGCUCUACAACAAUGUGAAGACGAUGAUGCACAUGCAGGGUCACAUUGACAGCGAGAAGCAGCAGAACCUUGACCUCAGUGACCUCACUCAGUGUAAACACUGCUACAAGCAGUUCGACACACCAUUCGAGAUGCAGACGCACAUUGAGAAGGUGCAUAUGAAUAACACAAAUGUCCUGCUGUGCCGGAUCUGUGAAAAGGACCAUGAGAGCCGUCAGAGCUUGACAAGUCACAUGAGACAGAAUCACAACGCGUGUGAGAUGCCAUACAUCUGUCAGCUGUGCCACUUCCGCUCCUCUAUGUACAGCGAUGUCGUCGACCACUUCAAGAAGAAGCACGAGAACUCGGAGUGUCUGCUGUGCCUGUACUGCCUCAAGGUGUUCCACGUGAAGUUCGUCUCCCAGGGCUGGGGACAGACUCAGAACUACUACCACCAUCUACUCCGACACCAGUCGAAGACUAACGCCAAAAAGUGUCAACUGUGCAAGCUCACGUUCUUCAAUGCACAGGAAGUCAAGGCUCAUCGAAAGAGAGACCACAUGCCAAAUCAGAAGGGAGUUAUAGGUAUGAAUGCCAAGUACACCACGCCUGACCAAGUAAUGAUCCGUGUGCCGGAGUCCGGUCUGCAGCCCAAGCAGCUUGGAGUGAAGUCCCUCAAUGCCCCUGCCGUGUCCAAGGUGUCGGAGCAUCGAGGCUUGCGCUACCCACGAGCCGUGCAGGAACUCCAUUGUUUUGAGUGCAAGAUGAUCAUGGCCACUACAGACCACUAUAAGAAGUACAUCCAGUGUUCCAUGUGUCGGUUCGCCACCAGCUGCAGCUUCGCCUAUGCCAACCACAUGAUGGGUUUCCACUCCGGCCAGAUCACCAGCCUCAGCCUCAACAUACCCUGGGAGCGUUCGCUACCGGCUCCCAUGUACUGUCUGUGUGGCUUUGGCAGUCGGUAUGGGAAUACGAUAGCCAAUCAUCUUGUAUUCUGCACCAAGCGAUCCUGCUACAAGGAGAAACCCAUUUUACCACCCAAAGAGGACAGAGUUGAUGAGGAACAAGACCCAAGAAGAAGACCAGGAGCUUCUCUCCUCGAUGUUCUCGGCCUAGUCAAGAAACCAAAUAUUGUAUCAACUGGUGCGUCCGAGGACCAAGACGACGAUGAACGUUAUGAAAAGCGCUUCACCUCAGCUGCGGUCAGUGAGAAGGCUCUCCCCAAAGACGACCAACAGGAGCCUCGGGACCCCAGUAUCCCACCCGAGCUGACCGGGGCUCGCAGAUGGCUGACGGUCAAGCUAAAGGACGACAAGACACCCACCAAGGCGUCGGUGUUUGGAGCCGGCGACAGCAGUGAUAGGGCUUUCAGCCCGGAACCGGAGGACAACUCGAACGAUGCCACUAACAUUGACUCCUUGGUGAACAGUGCUCUUGCUGAUAGUGAAGACGAUGAGGAAGAACCUUCAGUGUCAGCUGAUAAAGAUAAAGGUGAUGAGGUGAAUGACACUGUUGAAGACACGGUCCACACUGAAGAUGAAGGAGAGAAGGAUGCAGACAAUGAGAAAGAACCUGAUAAAGAUGAGGAUGAAGGAAGUGAUAUAGGCGAAAGUGAAAAAUUGAAAGAAGGCAGUGGUGAAAGGAGUAUCGAUAAGGAACAGAUUCAAGAUAGUGAUAAAGAGGCUGGUGAAAAGGGUGAGACGAGUGAACAAGAGCAAGAUAGUGAUAAGGACACAGAGAAAGUUGAAAAAGUCAGUGAUAAAGAGGCUGAAGAAGGUAUGGGCACAUCUGUUGUUAGGGAGAAGAACUCGGAGGAAGCUGAAGAAGGCAGUGAUAAAGAGCUUGAAGAAGGUAUGGAUACAUCAGUCCUUGAGGAGGACACAAAGGGUGCUGAAGAAGGCAGUGAUGAAGAGGCUGAAGAAGGUAUAGACACAUCAGUUGUUGAGGAGAAGGACACAGAGGAUAAGGUGCUGGAAGAUAGUGAGUCUCCACAGCCAGAUAAUAGCGAGUCCAUGAUGUCAAGUGCCAGUGAGGCACAGGAGCCAGUGAUGGUUGAUGAGCAAAAUGUUCAGCCCAGAUGUCAGUGAGGCACAGCAAGAUUCGGCAGUUGACAAAACACUGUCAGAACCAGAGGUUGACAAGACACUGCCAGAAUCAGAGGCUAGUGAAACGUUCCAAGAAUUGGAGACAAGUGAGACACAGCCAGAAGCAGAGGCUAGUGAGAAACAGUCAGACGUAGAGACUAGUGAG